GGUCCCACUGGCACCUCAGCUGACUUCAAUUUUUGCGCCGCUUCGUGCUAAGCUUUUCUUUAUUUUUCGAAAUACUUUUCCUACCAGUAUGUCGGGCAAGGCUUUAAAUAUCGGAGAUCAGUUUCCCAACUUCGAGGCCGAGACCAAUGAGGGGAAGAUCGAUUUUUACGAUUGGAUGGGGGAUAGCUGGGCUAUCCUGUUCUCCCAUCCUGCGGACUAUACUCCGGUUUGCACAACGGAAUUGGCGCGUGUUGGGUCCUUGGUUCCGGAAUUCCUGAAGAGAGGCGUCAAACCGAUAGCAUUAUCCUGCGACACCGCUCAGUCGCACAGAGGAUGGAUCGAGGACAUCAAGAGCUUUGGCAAGCUCGGCAGCUUCGAUUAUCCCAUCAUAGCCGACGACAAGCGGGAACUGGCAUUGAAGUUCAACAUGUUGGACAAGGAUGAGCUCAACGCCGACGGCAUUCCCCUUACAUGCCGGGCCGUUUUCAUCAUCGACGAGAAGAAGAAGCUGCGCCUGUCGAUCCUUUACCCGGCGACGACUGGACGAAACUUCGAUGAGAUACUUCGCGUUAUCGACUCGCUCCAGUUGACGCAAACAAAGAGCGUCGCCACGCCAGCGGACUGGAAGAAGGGCGGCAACUGCAUGGUCCUGCCGACGGUGAAGCCGGAGGACGUCCCCAAGCUCUUUCCCAAUGGAGUGGAAACGGUUGAAGUACCUUCCGGCAAGUCCUAUCUAAGAAUUACGCCCCAGCCAUAGGGGGAUCACCUUUUAAACAUGACUUUAUUACAAAAAAAUAAAAAUACAAAUUAACAACAAAA